AUGAUGCAGAAGCUCCUCAUCGGUGCUAUUGUUCUUACUUUGGCCACAUUUUCUCAUUCCUCCCAAAGUACAAGCGGCUCGAACCAUCGCAUUGUCAAUUUAAACCCGUUCCGGUUGACGGCAAGGGCAGAGUAUGUAAACUCCAGUCAGUUAGCGACUGCGAGCACAUCCAUCAAUUAUGGAGACCAGAUCUACAUCGAAACCGCGACGCAUCUUGUCCAAAGCAUUUUUCCGAAUGCCACCUUCCGUAUUGUAGAGGAUGACUACGUUGGUGAUAACGGCGUGGCCCAUAUCAACUUCCGCCAGACCAUUCAUGGCAUCGAUAUUGACAAUGCUGACUUCAAUGUUAACGUCCGGAAAGAUGGACACAUCUUUUCCUACGGCAAUUCCUUCUAUACGAAAAGCCCCCCCGAAGCCAACCCGGCGAUACAACAGGACGUCUCUGAUCCAGUGGCAGCUAUUAAAAGUGCCUCAAACAACCUGAAGCUCUCCAUCGGCGUGGGACGAGUAUCGGCCGAUCUGAUCACAGAGAAAAACCUUUAUAAAUUCCGGGGCACAUCCGGAGUGGUCUCUGACCCAACCGCAAAGCUAGUCUAUUUUAUCAAGUCCGACGGAAGCCUUGCCCUUACCUGGAGAGUAGAGACGGAUAUCGGUAGGAAUUGGCUCUUAACAUAUGUGGACGCGAACAACAGCGACCACAUCCACGGUGUUGUUGACUACGUCGCUGACGCUAGCUAUGAAAUCUACAAAUGGGGCCUUAGCGAUCCAACCGAGGGCCGUCGCACCAUCAUCCAUGACCCCUGGGAUUUAUAUUCCUCGCCCUUCACCUGGAUCAGCGACGGAACCACCAACUACACCACCACACACGGCAACAAUGCUAUUGCGCAAUCCAAUCCCACCGGCCACGAGCCAUAUAUGAACAAUUUUCGCCCUAACAGCCCAGACGACCAGUUCGAAUACCCAUAUUCUCCAUCCAUGUCCCCUCCUACGUCAUACAUCAAUGCUUCGAUCGUCCAGUUAUUCUACACCGCCAACACCUACCACGACCUACUUUAUACCCUGGGGUUCACCGAGAAAGCAGGCAACUUCCAAUGGAACAACAACGGCAAAGGCGGGAUCGGACACGACUAUGUGGUUCUGGAUGUCCAGGAUGGCCAAGGCAUCAACGGCGCCAGCUUCGCCACUCCCCCGGAUGGACAGCCCGGUCGCAUGCGCAUGCAGAUCUGGACCUGGUCGAUCCCUAAACGCGAUGGAGCGUUCGACUUCGGCUUAAUUAUCCAUGAGUACACCCACGGCCUAUCCAAUCGCCUAACCGGUGGCCCCGCCAAUACCAAAUGCCUGACCGGCCUCGAGCCCGGGGGGAUGGGCGAAGGCUGGGGCGACUUCAUGGCCACCGCUCUGCGCCUGAAGCCCAAUGAUACCCGCUUAACGGACUAUACAAUGAGCCCGUGGGCCUCAAAUAAACAGGCCGGCAUUCGCGACUACCCCUACUCCACAUCGCUGACCACAAAUCCUCUGACAUAUACAAGCGUCAAUGGCUUGCGACUUGUACACAAGAUUGGUACCGUCUGGGCGACGAUGUUGUACGAGGUGCUGUGGAACUUGGUUGAUAAGUAUGGGAUGAACGACGGCGCGAAGCCUAUAUUCCAGAGUGCUGGUGUUCCUACGGAUGGGAAGUAUCUAACCAUGAAAUUGAUAGUUGAUGCGAUGGCAUUACAACCAUGUAAUCCAAACUUUAUACAAGCGCGUGACGCCAUCAUAGACGCUGAUACGGUACUCACGAAAGGCUCCAAUCAUUGCGAGAUCUGGAAGGCCUUUGCGAAGCGAGGUUUAGGGCAGGGAGCGAAGUACGGAGUGUGGAAUCGGGCUGGCAGUACUGAAGUUCCAUUUGGUGUUUGCUGA